UUUAUGCCCAGCUCUCCUGCACUCCAGAACUCAUCUACACCACACUUGGACAGACGCAAAUUCAGCGGCAGAGGAACUGGAGUGGAGGAGGCGACUGACUUCACCGCACCAGGCAGCAGGAGCAGCAGGAGCAAUAGUAGCAAUAGUCAGGGCAGCUGUCAUGUGAAUCAGCUGGACGAACAAGGAAGGAGAUAAACAACAACAUUCGGCGUCCCUAAAGCAAGGUUUGUCUGGUCUGGUGGCAGGAUGGCGGGGGCAGAGGUUUAUACCCCUGCAAACCCCACCUGUAAGAUCAUGACCUUCAGGCCCACCAUGGAGGAAUUUAAGGACUUCAACCAGUACCUAGUUUACAUGGAGUCUCAGGGAGCACACCGUGCAGGACUGGCUAAGGUGAUUCCUCCGAAAGGGUGGAAGCCUCGUCGUACCUAUGAUGACAUUGAUGAUCUGAUGAUUGAUGCCCCCAUCCAACAGAUGAUGGCUGGACAGUCAGGGCUCUUCACUCAGUACAACAUCCAGAAGAAGCCUCUUAGUGUGCAGGAGUUCAGACGACUAGCUAAUAGUGACAUGUACUGUACACCACGCUACCUGAAUUAUGAGGAUCUUGAGCGAAAGUACUGGAAGAAUCUCACCUUUGUUUCCCCCAUAUAUGGUGCAGAUGUCAGUGGAAGUCUCUAUGAUGAGGAUGUAGAGGAGUGGAAUAUCGGCCACCUGAACUCCAUCUUGGAUGUGAUUGAAGAGGACUGUGGUGUCUCCAUCCAGGGGGUCAACACUCCAUACCUGUACUUUGGCAUGUGGAAAACCACCUUUGCCUGGCACACUGAAGACAUGGAUCUUUACAGCAUCAACUACCUCCACUUUGGUGAACCCAAGUCUUGGUAUGCCAUACCUCCCGAGCAUGGAAAGAGACUUGAGCGUCUGGCUACAGGCUUCUUCCCCAAUAGCUUCAAGGGAUGUGAGGCUUUUCUCCGUCACAAGAUGACUCUGAUCUCCCCUUUUGUACUGAAGAAGUACGGCAUCCCCUUUGAUAAGAUUACUCAGGAAGCUGGAGAAUUUAUGAUCACCUUCCCUUAUGGCUACCAUGCUGGCUUCAAUCAUGGAUUCAACUGUGCAGAAUCAACAAACUUUGCAACUGUGCGCUGGAUAGACUAUGGCAAAGUGGCCACACAGUGCACAUGUAGCAAAGACAUGGUUAAGAUUUCCAUGGAACCCUUUGUGAAGCGCUUUCAGCCUGACCGUUACUCUAACUGGAUGGGGGGCAAGGACUUGAUCCCUAUUGAUCACACACUGGCCACUCCCAGAACAACACCAGAGCUGCAGAGUUGGUUGCAGAGGCGCCAGAAAACCAAGCCUACGAAUAACGGUAAUCAUUCUCGUAUGCGCUCCAAGCGGCUCAGAACCACAGAGGAACCAGUCGGCCUGGAUGCUGGGUCAAAUCAAAGCUGCAGCAGCAGCAGGAGGAAAGGCUUGAGUGGUUCGCCUGCACCAAAGAUGCGAAGGUCUGCAGCAGCAAGACACAGCAGGGAGGGAGACAAAGGGAAGAAAAAGGAAUCAGAGUCAAAUAAUGACGAGAAUCCGCUCGCUGUUCAGAUUUCUGUUCCCUGCACACAGGUGUGUGUAGUAAAGGUAAAUCGUGUAGAGAGUAAUACUCUUGGAAUUCCCAACAAAGAGUCUUUCGACAAAUCCCGGUGCCCUUCAUCUCCCUUCAUCUCUGCUGCUUCAUCAGUAAACACUGACUUGAAGUCAGAGACAGCCUCCCACUUUGAGCCUCAACACAUCUCAGGGUCAGGAGUCUCCAGCAUGACUCCUGAAGGACUCAGACAUUUUCCGGAGACUGCCGAGUUGCAUCCCAGGAUAAAAGACUCACAGAGUUGUGUUACUGGACUGCAAGACCCCUUAACAUCUCAGGAUUCUUCCAUCAGUGUCCCUUCUUCACCCGGCACAUCCACCCACACUAAAUGCACUUCUUCAGAAACUGAGAUGAAGCAGUGUCUCCCUGAUGUUGAUUUUCAGACGUCUAGUUCCUUAUCCAGGGACGACAGUUUAAGUCAAAAGCCAAAUGCUAACAGCUGCAUGGACACAUGUACUGAGAUUUACACUAACAACACUGCUGUAGCUGACAAUGUGGCCGAAACUGUCGAUCCAAUACAUAUCAGUCCACACUCGACAAAAGAAGCACUUUAUGAUAUUAAAUCCAAGCCAGCAGAGGGAGACAGUUGCACAUCAUGUGGCUCCAUCUCCUCUCCAGGACACAGCUGCCACUCAGAAAAAAGCAGUGAGGAACCACCACUGCUACAGAGAAAUGCUGUGGAAAUGCCACUACUCACACUGGAGCUGGCAGAUAAGAUUGGAAUCUGCCCUUUGCCACCUGUACUGACCCAAGAAAUGCCUGCUCUUACCCCCGCAGAUGAUGGGCUGAUUGAUGCCCCUAAAACUUUGACAAGUAGCUACCAGGUGGCACCUCUGUUACAUCCAGAGAGAACAAUCGGUUCUUUGUCCUCACAUGAUGUAAGACAGGGUGAAAAAGAGACUGAAGUAAUAUCAAAAGAGGCUUCUGCUGGAAAACAUGACGACAGCUGGCAUUUAGAUUCUCAAAAUAAUUGCGAAGCGGCAGGAGCUCCUAGAUUAGAAGGAGAUGUGGCUCAUUUAACUGCAAAUGCUACAGACAAAAAGACAUCUUGUGGUGUCCAAAUACUAAUAAAGUCUCAAACUACUGCAGAAAAAAAUAAUUCAAAGUUGAGAGAUCUUACUUCUGCAUGUAAUGACGCUACUUCUGGACAGCUCCUUGAGAGUAGUUCACCUCACUCAGUGGUGUCAAGUAGAGAUGACUUCGAUGACCCAUCUAAAAAAAAGAGCACAUCUUGUGUCAGCACUCCUCACUCUUUUGUUGGCAGUACAUCAAACAACAACUUCUCAGGCUCUCCCCCCUCAUUAUCCGUUCAGAGUGACAGAGCUCCAGCGUUAGAGGUAAACCACCUGGUGACAUAUUCAGCUUCACAUUGUAGUUUCCAGAAUCCAUACGUUGAGCCCAAACCAUUUUCCAGCAGCAUUUGGAAAAACCUGAGUUCCCAGAGUCCUGCAGUACUCAUUCAAAGUCUAAACUCAGAUCUGCCCUCUGACUUUACCCAUGAUCCUUUACCUUACACCAUGUGGACUGAACCACAGUGCAAAGAGGUCACAAACCUGGAGGACUGUGACCAAAAGUCAGCCAACCAGGAAGAGGAAAGCGGACCUCUCAUCUGGGCGCAGCUCGAGCCCACCUCCCUUGUGUCUGUUGGUGCAACUGAGCCUCUGGGGAUUGGUGAGCUUCAGAAGGGAAACAUGGAGGGAACUGAGGCCCUUGCCCUCUACAGGGAACUGGGGAGACAAAAGCAGGCAGGGGGGAGUCGAUAUUCAGACGCUAAUGUUCUAGGUUUCGGAAGGAGACGAGUAGAGCAGGAUGUGGUAUCUGACACAGAUGAAGAGGAGCCUAAUCCUGAAGAGGAGCACCAACAGAAUAGGGUUAGGGGAGAGAGCUGUAGUGACUCUUCUGAUGAGGACGAAUAUGAGGAGGAAGAAAAUGAUACGGUCCGCUAUGGCUGUGAUAAAUCAAACCUCGAGCCUGGAGAGGUGUGCGCUUACCCUCCUCUUGCGAUGAAGAGGAUUGCGAAGAGCUGGCGCCACCCACUCAGAAAGCCCACCGCAAGGGCUGUACCCACUGCUGUCAAACAACAAAGCACUAGUGAUGAUGAGCCCCCUGAGGCGAGCCUGGCAGAGGAGGAGGAUGAGCAGGAAAUGGAAGCGUGGGCAAAGCCCAUCAUCUACCUGUGGCAAAGCAAAAAGAGCUGCUUCACAGCAGAGAGGGAGUACAAUGGUCAUGCAGCCACCAUGGCACCCUACUGUGCUGUCUGCACUCUCUUCAUGCCCUACUACCAGCCUGAAGACAAAGCAGAGGAUAAAAACUACACCACGACUUCAGACACUUCCAUUACUCCUGCUCCAGCAGACUGCCCUGUUUUCCACAGUGGAGGUCUGAGGAGGACGAAGCCCCUCAUCCCAGAGAUCUGCUUUUCCUUCCGGGAGCAGAACUGCCCCCCCACACCAACCAACCCUCUGCUGCAGGAGGACGGCACCUCGCCUCUGCUCUCCUGCCAAGGCUGUUGUUUGCAAGUACACGCAAGUUGCUAUGGCGUCUCUGCAGAUGACGUCAACGAGCAGUGGUCAUGUGACCGAUGCACAGAAGGAAGCUUUACAGCAGAAUGCUGUCUGUGUAACCUCAGAGGGGGUGCGCUGAAGAAAACCCAAAACGACAAAUGGGCUCACAUUAUAUGCGCAAUCGCUCUGCCAGAGGCCCGGUUCAGCGAUGAAGCUAAGAGAAGUCCCAUUGACACCAGCAGAAUUCCCAUGCAGCGUUUCAAACUGAAGUGCAUCUAUUGCCGUAAACGCUGUGCAGGGAAGCGUCAGGCUGGUGCUUGUAUCCAGUGCUCAUGUGGCCGAUGUCCCACUUCCUUUCAUGUGACCUGUGCCCACGCGGCCGGCGUCGUCAUGGAGCCGGAUGAUUGGCCAUAUGUCGUGUCAAUCACCUGCCACAGACAUCAGUCACGGAGCUCUUCAGCUAAGCAGCGAGCGUGCCAGUCGUCCAUCGCUCUGGGUCAGACCGUGAUCUCCAAACACAAGAACCUGCGCUACUACAGCUCCAAGGUCACUCAGAUCAGCUCCCAGGUGUUCUACGAGGUCAUGUUUGACGACGGCUCCUUCUCCAAUGACACCUACCCCGAGGACAUCGUGAGCAGAGACUGUGUGAAUCUGGGACCUCCUGAAGUGGGAGAAGCUGUGCAAGUGAAAUGGCCCGACGGACUCUUCUACGACGCCAAAUACCUCGGAUCUAACGUUUCCUACAUGUACCAGGUGGAGUUCGAAGAUGGAUCCCAAGUGCUGGCGAAGAGAGAAGAUGUUUAUACGUUAGAUGAAGACCUGCCUAAAAAGGUGAAACGUAGACUUUCCACUGCAUCAAGCAUGCGUUUCCAGGACGCCUUCUUCACAACUCAGGGGGAAAGGAAACGACAAAGAACUCCCAACUCACGCUUCCAGAGAGACUUUGUGGCCCUCCCAGGCCUCCGUGCCACUUGUAAAAGCACAUGGGAGCAUCGCAGCCACAAAGGGAAAUGAUGUCACAGACGAGGAUCAGUGACAAAUGAAUGCACUGUGGAGGGAUGUGGAAGGUUGUGUGUCCGCAUGUGAGUGUGGGUGUGCGUGUGAGUGAGUGCGCGUGGGUACGGUUGCUCGUGUGGUUCAGUUUCUACCUUCAUGUAGUAAACUUUCCUACAUAGUUAAAUUCUGUAGAAUGUAUAUUUCUGAUUGGGGGAUAGAUUACGGCUACAGCCUGGAGAAGACCUUUGAUUGGACGGCUGGACUCAUUGAACAGGCAAACAGAGCCCAGUGCUUUCACAUCUGUCAGGGAAAAUAAAUGUGACUCACAACUGUCACCGUGCCCCUUUUUCAACUUAAUUUACGUCUUUGUAUAUGAAAAAUUCAGAACAGAUUUUUUCUAAAUGGGUCUCCUAAGUUAGCUUUUUAGGAGUCUGUUAUUUCCAGGUUUGUUUUUUUGAAUAUUUAUGCACUUUUCUCGUCGUGUUCUCCUUUUCUUUGCAUGUUAAACACAGUCUCCUUCCUGCUUCUGCUGGGCCCAGUUUUGUUCAAGCACAAUGGCUUCUUCUCUGUACGUUCCUUUAUGUCCGUAUCGACCCACAUGAAUUGUCUGAGUUGAUAAGGAAAAAGAAAAAAAAAAAUCAAAUUUUCAGUCAGUUCCUGAGGUAAAGGACUGAGACAGGGAGCCAUGCCUGUUUGUUGGAUUUUGUGCCCCACUAAUGUGAAUUGCUACUGUUGCUCUGAUGAAUCACACACAUUGUUAAAAUAAUUUAAAAUUUGUAUUUAUUUUUUUGGCUUGCUAUAGUUAAACUAUUGCUAACUGCUGUAAGAAAAACAAUAAACAUUACAUUUGUACAUGA